AGAAAGAAAAGGUCUGCAACCCCCCUUCUCAAAACAGAGAUGGAAAAAAAACAAGUCACCUACUCAGAGUUGAUUGUUCGCAACUCAUCCCAGCAGCCAGAUGGGAGACUGCAGAUACACAAGAAUAAAGACGCUUCCACUGAGCAGGAGGUGACCUAUGCAGGGAUGAAAAAUUCCAAGUUGUCUCAGCAGCGGCAGCACAGAAAAUCAAAGAACAUUCCAAACAGCGGACCGGAGCAACAGGCGACCUACACAGAGGUGAAAAAUGCAAAUCCAUCUCAGCAUCGACAACACAGAAGAAAUAAGGAUGCCCAGAAGACAGGUCUUGAGAGUGAUCAGCAGUUGACCUACACAGAUCUAAAACUGCCUGGUCAUCCUCAGCUCCAAGGCAGAUGUGAGAUUGGACAGAGCAAAGAUUCCCUGUCCCCUCCAUGGAGGUUCAUCGCUGGGAUUCUGGGGAUCCUGUGCUUCGGGCUGGUGGCCACCAUGGCAAUUAUGGCUCUACGGAUUUUUUGGAGUGAGUACUCGGAGAUGAAAUAA